AUGGACUCCGGGGAGAACAACACGCUUCCGUCGGAACUCUCCUGGAAACAGACCGUGCUCGAACGACUGAGCAAUUAUCCAAUUCUCGGAAGCGUCCCUGAGCUGAAAGUUGUUUUCACUCAGGAUCUAGGUCGGAACCUGAGAGCUCAGGACUCGUCCCAACAGCAUGCGGAGACCACGCCUCCGAGCAGGGAGUUGCUACAAGAACUCUUGCGCGACGGCCGAUUCCGCGCAGCUUUCUCAAUGACCACAAAACUUCUAUCGAGUGAGUCGGAGAUUAGGAAUGCAUUGGAGAUUUGGCAGUGUCGCAUCAACCUGUUCAUCCGACUUGGAGCCUUCUCGGAAGCCAAGCUGGAAAUCGAUCAGUUCUCCCAAUUAGAGGAUCUACCAAUACAAUUUGGUCAGAACUCCACGAACGGCGGAGUUCCCUUCACCUUGCUCCUGUCGGUAGCACACCUGCACAUCCUGUGUGGUUACAACGAUAGAGCCCAAGGAAAACUGACUAAGCUACUAAACCAAAGCUCCGAGAACAUCGAGUAUUUCAGAACACGAGGCAAGGAGGAUUUCGCGCAGCUCUGGGAAGACCGGCGGCUGAAGGUUACCGCCAUGUUAGUCAAUUACGGAGUGGAACAGAACGAUUUCAAGUUCGCGAUCGAUGCUCUCUUCGACUACCGUGACCGACAAAAAGAUCCUCUCGAAGUUGCGAAGAUUGACUCGACGAUGGGGAAACUCUUCCUCCAAUUCGGUGACGUUGCAACAGCCGAAUCACUCUUCCAAAAAGCGAACAAACUCUGUCACGGAGUCGAGGGACAGCUGCAAAUCUUGAAGAAUAACGCGUUGCUGAGUAUCGCGAACGGGAACUAUCAAGCAGCUCAUGCAGCUUAUGGGGAGGCAUUACAGCUGAAGCCGGAGGAUAUAACUUUCAUCAACAACAUGGCUGUCUGCGCACUCUACAUGGGUCGAUCUGCGGAAGGCACGCAGCAAAUCGAAGCGGCUCUGAACGCCAAUCCCAACGCCAUGCUGAACGAAUGUACAGUCGGAAACAUUUGCGCCCUGUAUCGAUUGCAGUCUAUUGUCGGGGAGAAUAAGAAAGCCAAAGUUAGAGAAAUGGUUGCUCAGUACUGCCCAGAAACUUUCAACUGCCAAGCGCUGGAAUCGGAAAGUUGA